AUGUUUUCCGGCGUUUUAGCCCCAGAUAAUGCUGCAGGAGAUGCCGUUCUCUCUGACCCGUACGUCUUCUCGAUUUCGUUUACAUCUGUCGUUAUUGCUCUGUUUUAUUUCAGUAUUUUUCAUUGAAAAAGCAUAUACGUCUACAUCUGUUUUUCAGUUGCCUGAACUUCACAAUAUGAUGGGAUGCAUAUAUAACGUAAUACAUUUUCUCUGUCCGCGCCGUGGCUUCGUACUGCACUAGAGAACCGAACAGGCAACACAUUUUGUUGGGAUGCGCCUCUCAUUAGUUAAUUUCGGCUAAAAUUAUCUGUCUCCCAUAACUGUGUCAUCUACGCCGGCCGAUUGAAGGAUUUUUUGACAAAGCCUGGAGUUUCACGUUGACGGCCACUAUUAGUUGCAUUAAAGACCACAUUUUAGAAACCGUGGCUGUUCUUUAGACAUGUUAUCUGUCCUGUGAAAAAGUACUGAAAAAUGCUAUUUAUGCCGACAUAAUAUCCUCUAGCAGUUGAAUUCUACUCAGAACAUGACCUUUAGUCGAAAAUCCAAAAGGUUUCAUAUCUUGACUGUCAACAAAUUAUCUUUGUUAAUUGCAUCGUCCAGUAUCCUGUGCCCUCUGAUGGCCACGGAUAUCAUCUCCGAUCAAACUAAUCGUUAUUGUGCUAGCAUUAGUUGUUCCAUGAUGUAUGAAAAUGCUGAUUUUCCAAGAAAGCGAACAUCUUCAUAGUAGCCCACAUUAAAUUUUCCAUGACCUACCAUAUUUUUCCCGAUCUUUCGAAACCUCAUCUGUUACGGGUAAAUGUAGACGUGCAGCCCUUUUUAGACUCAAACAAAUCCCUCGGGAGCGGCCUUCACCCGCGCCGUUGGUGUUUCCGCAGCGUUUGAUAAGCAGAUGGCAAGGAUAUGCCAACGCCUUAGGGCACGGGACGCGCACCCAUAACGCGCUACACUUCGGGAGUGUAAUGGAAGGCCUGGACGCAGGCUCGCGUCUCGUCGCAAUUCCUGCAUCAGAUGGCUGACCGGUUCAGACAAUAACCUGGUUCCUGUGAGGGGGAAGAGAGAACGAGGCCAACUUUGGAGAUUGCUUCCUCGCAGCGCUCAAGGCAUACUCCCCAUUAUAACUAAUCUGAAGCGCUAAAAGUUGUGGCUUGGAAGACCACCAAUAGACAGGAUAGCUCGGUCUUCCUCUCAGGACGGAGAGCUUUGCCCCUUCUGACUGUGGCCUUUAUGCCACUGUCACUCAUUUGGGAUCCGAGCCGCCCUCCCUUGUUUUCAUGAAAACUUUCCCUGUCGUGCGCUAACCAGGCGUGUGUGGCACACGCAGACUGGCUGUCCAGCCUUUUCGGCCCUUGUGCCCUAUGCCGCUUCCAGUGUUCUUGACUCCACCUUUACACCGGACCCAGAUGGGUGAGGGAAGAGGGUGCACUGGAUGCGUCGAAAGUCACCAUCCCUAUGCAUGCCAUGCUGUUGGGCACACGAUGGACAUCUUGGUUCUCGACGGUCGAACUGUCGUGUGUGCGUGCGUGCGUGCCGCAAAGGAGAACGGACACCAUCAGCCAGCCCUACCCAACCCUAGGUUUACAGGACCUGAGAUUCAGACCCCGACUCUGUGAUCAUCGAGCGUUAAGUCCAACAUCGGGCAAUUGCACCAUGGGAAAACGUCCACGAACUAGGUUAAGAGAUAUGCUUUCCCCGUUGCAUUUUAGGGUCUAAUCUGAAGCCUUCGCAGGCAGUCAAAUAUCGACCAGUUAUAUAUACCGGAAGGAAUGUCAACUGGGGUGACCUUAAUAUACAUAAGAACAGACACUCGUUCUCCAUGUCUACCAAUUUGUUUAUGCGACAACAUGUCCAUCUGGUAUACGGAAAAUCGUACUAUGGAGGAAAGUAAAGGGACGACUUAUUGUUCAUUCUUUUGUUUUGUUACCCUGUCCUUUUGGCUAAAAACUUAUAGAGUAUCCAUUGGAAGUAAUUAUUGAAAGGUAGACUAGGAGGUUUCCCUUUAGAUAUGCACUUGUCUCCAGUUUUGCAUAUUAUAUAGAAAUAGGCGACUCUCUUGUUCAACUUCCGCGUUCUAGUUCUAUCUGUGGGACCACAUGUCUUUAGUCACUUCAUAAUGCGUCUGAAGUCAUCUAUCAUCCAUUACAGUGCUGUGUGCCACGGCUUUUACAGUUGUUGCCUUUUAAAAUUUAGCCUUCCAGAAGAACCACCUCCCGAAGAAGUAAGUCCCUGUGCAAUUCCAGUUACUCACUGCAUAAUUGUGAAACUGUCUUAUGUUGGUUCCUACUGCCUCUUCUGGUCAACUUCACCGUUACUCCUUUCCUGCCCUCUUCUUCCCAUACGCCCACUCCACUUCGAUCGUCCUGAUGUCUACCCACUUUUCUAGGAGGACGGUCCCACAGAGAUUGACGGAGAGGUCUUGUCUGCCCCGAAGAGUCAUCGGCGAUUGAGUAAUAGCUCAGCUGCCACGUUCGUCCUUACUCCCGGUACCCGCUCCCCCGUACCCCCGGAGCCGGAGUCCGAACUCACGAUGGAAGAAGAGCUGUCUAGCCUGCGUGCUGAGAAAGAGAGGCUACUCAGUCUCGUUACGGACAUGCAGUACUUUCCUCUCAUUUUGCUGUCCAUUUGGAAUUUCAAUACUGAAAAUUUAGUUUUUAUCGUCGAGUAUACCAUCGAACAGUCAUGUUUAUAGGACCCUUUACUCAGUACUAUACUAGGUUUCACAGAUCCCACCGACACUGAACAGUGGAACAAACUGAAUCCCUCUUACUAUGGUAGUGCACUGUUACUUCUCUGAGGGCUGCCAAUUAUUUCCAAUUCUCCCGUCUUUAACCAUUGGACUUUUUUGAAGCAAAAGUAUGUUUGACAGUACAGCGCUCCUUUUAACCACCUGUAAUGCUAAAAUUUUGAGUCUAUUUGACUGAUGCCGCUCACUCAAUCGGGCGUACAGCGGACGUAAAUUGAUUUAUUACUAUGUAAUUAUUCAGCUCUUCGGUCAGGCUUCAUCCCCACCUAGUUGUAUUUGCACUCUCCGUCUAGGCGUUGUAUUGCUGAGUACGAGCGCAGUCUGCAGGAGUUAGCCAGAGAAAAGACACGAGCUGAAGAGGAGGCCAAAGAAUCGGUCAUCAAUAUCAUCUCCGAACGAGAUCAGGCAAUCGAAGAGAUAUCCACUAUAGAAAAGGCAUUUGGUGACCUUCACCGGCGCUUCGAGAAAUCCAAACAAAUUAUCGAGGGUUUUAAAAAGGUAGAUCCUUCUGUCUUGCCAGGUCUUCGUCUUCUGACUCUUAUUUGAGUCCACCACAGGCCUCAUUUUGGGGCUUCAAUUUGGGCGGUUUGUGUCUAUCCACCACACCCUACCUCUUUUACCUUUCCCAUCACUUUCCUGGAAGUCUACUCAUGGUUCCCUCUAUACUCGUGACGAGUGACAGUUCGACCAUCGUUUUCGAUUAUGUCCACCGUGUGUCCUACAGUUGCAGCAGCAAUGGGAGCAGGGACGGUGACUCACGCAGGGGUUUAUAGUGCCGGUAGUGUCGUGACGAGUAGAGUAGUGACCUCGGGUAUGCGACUUCAAAACAAAGCUUUGAUUUAUUAUUUUAACCCUAAACCCUGUUAAUAUUGCCCUUCCUGAUUAAACCAAUUGUUUUUGGCCUGUUUGCCUAAAAUUAACCUGUCUAUCGCACCACUGUCUCAAAAACGCGAGUUGGUCCUUCACGAAGGUCCUCCUUGCAGGGCAUGGCUACAGGUAAACUGGUUAACCUAGGUAUGCCGCACCUCAGGGCUUUAUUCGUGUCCAGCACACCUUUUGUCUAAUUUCGCAUAUUUUUUAAGGGUGUGUGGAUGUCGGCAUCCCCUCCGUUUCUUGAUUUGCGUCACAAAUAUUCGAAGUGUUCCCGAGCAGGUAGUCCUUACAGAAGUUGCUUGCUAACACCACAACUACGACAUUUCGAUCUUUACGAAUGACUACGUUCUUAGCGUACCCCACGGAGUGGUGGGCGCCGGAUGGUGACUGGUGCCUGAACUAAUUUAUAGUGACUCAUACUUGCACAACAUCUACCGCACUUCCUCUUCUCUCGCUCACCUGUCUCCUCAGGGCAAUGUCAAGACGACCGCAGGCGUGCUCGGACGCAGUGCCUCACAUUACUAAACAGCCCGUAUGCGCUUGCCACACACUCCACCUGAUCCCCACAAAAUGUACCAGCUUUUCAUGAGGACGACUCGGAUCACAUGCUCGAGAGUAUCAUGAAAACCCCAUCAAUAGGGAGCCAUUGAGCCUGACUCUCAGUCCGCAGAAGGACCAAGUUGUCUCGUUAAUUGGCAACUUUCCAAACCACGACUUUUAGCGCGUCGUGAUACAUUCAAGCUUGUCAGCUUUAUUCUUAUAAGGACUGCUCUUGUGUUUGGUGCGUAUGGUUUCCUCUGUGUCGAUAUCACUCUUUCCCCCUUCCGUGUAGGAGUCCGCUGUCCGACCCUGUCAGCCCACUCGACCUUGAAUUGGACGCUUUCAUUGGCGCGGCGUGAAGCCUAUUACGCGUGCCGCAAACCCCCCUCCCCCCCCCCCAAUGUGGGGGCUUAAUUAUAGAGUGCGCUGACCACGCGACCCGAUUACCACGUGCCGUGAGCCAACCCGGCCCUAUGUUAGUCCAGCGCAUCUUGAGUCCAACCCGUUAUUGAGCCCACUACCGCCACCAUUACUAUGUGCGACGUGCCUACCAGUUUGUUAUAUAGGAAUCCAACUGCCACUUUAUUGUAGGAUGUAGGAGGACAUGUAGCAUGAAUGGUUUGUGAAGGCGACGAUACCUAAUUCGGCCAUUACUUUGAACACAACCCCAUGAUUCAUUUUAACAGUGAAGUUUUCCGUUAAAGUGGUCAUUAUCAGAUUGGAUGGAAGGGCAAAUAUUUAGAAUGACCUGGUCCUCUAAUAGUUCAGUCUAGGUCCCGGAAGACGGUCUAUAGACAGUCCACUUCAAUUCUUUCCAACAAGGUUGUCUGAAUUAUUUUUCACUCUUUUAGAAGUAAGACCCCAUCCGUCUAUUUGGCUCUCUUGAAUUGUUUUGCUGCAUCUUACGUCCUUUUCACACAUGUCAUGCCUGGACUUGCACGUCGAGACCUCCCUUUUCUUCAAGUCGUCCACAGUCUGAGUCCCUGGCACCUCUGUGCAUUUUUAGAAUGAGGAAGUCCUGAAAAAGAGUGCCGAGGACUAUCAGACCCAACUACGGAGGCAAGAACAAAAGUAUCAGGCACUGAAGGCUCACGCGGAACAAAAGUUGAUGAAGUAAGUUCUGUCUCCUAUUUACUAAAUCUACUUACUGCCAGUCCUUCCCUCACAAUUGUCCAUUCUCCAGUUCCGCCUCCUGAUUUAUGAAUUGCAUGCAAUUGUUGACUCUCUCUCUCACACCUUGCAUGCUUGCUUUUGUGUGAUGCUCCUCUUCCAGUCAAUGCUGACUAGAAGUAAGUCCUGCGUCCUUAUUCGAUGACGGUCGGCAUCACCCUGUUCUCAUUGUUAUUGGCGGGCUGGACUUAUAACGCGAACUGUGCACCAACUCACCAGUCUGAAGAUGCAUAGCCAUACACCCUAUUGAAAAUCUCGGGUUGUAACUGUCGCAUCCAUAGCCGGUCUGGUCGCCUUUGCGAGAUUUCACUUAAUAUGAGUUAACCGAAUGCAUUGUCCUUGGAAUAUGAUAUGACCUUUUGUCUUAGUUUACCUCUGGGUUUGUGCCCUACACACGCGGUAGUCGUGGGGUCGAAUUUGCUAGCGGUUACUCCUCAUAUGAUUGUACCAUGUUCUUCUAUCCUGUCCGUAUGGCGCCCAGCUGGUAUGUGAGGCACCGCGCACCUUUUUCGAACUCGACGACGGCUAUACACCCGAAUAGUAUUUCGUCACACGGUUGUAUCGGCCUGAUCUUAAAUAUGUAUGUUCGCCAAGUUAUUUAUUUAAUUUGGUGUUGACCCAGGCUCAGUGUAGGGCUGCGUGCCACUCUUCUGGGCUUUAAGGUUUGUGUGUGCCUGCUAUGCCAUGAUUCAGCAAACCGUAGUUCUCGCAACCCGAUAUGUGCUGGCAUUUCUCUGGCACCUGGUUUCCUGCUGGUAGAUGCGCCUGAGCUCCCGCAGGUCGUGUGCAUCGUUGCCCAGUCAUCCUCCGCUUUCUGACCCGUUGUGCUGUUGGUUAAAAAUCCUGGUCAAGUGUUUGCUGUGGACCUGGCGGUGUAGUUGGACGCCUAUGCGCGGGUUCGGUCGUGCUAGCCACCUGCGCCCUCUCCGGGCUUCUCAACUAUGUCUUGACAUCGGGCCCAGGUGUAGAGGAGUAGAGUGUGCGGUAGGUGCCGCGAAAGUCUACUCUCACUUAAAAAUAAUUCACUCGCCAGUCACCGUGCCUCCUUCAUUUUGCUGUGACGCACGCGGUGGACAUCGUCAGUGGCGAUGGUCGAACUGUCUGUCUAGUUCAUUGUCGGACACUUUCGUAGGACUCCAUUUAGUUAUUUAAGGUGUCGGGCACCUGAUGUGCCUCUCGACUCCCGGUGAAUUUUGGCGAACCAUGUUUUUAGUCCUUGGCGGUCGAAUCCUCGGGUCCUCAGUUGGUUCCUUUCGUAGCUCAAUGGCUUCACCAUUGUCCCGCCUCAUUUUCAGAGGACGCUGCACCAUCCAUUCCCCUGAAUUCUUCUAACAUCACCGUCCCACUGUUGACUGUCACUUUUGAGUCACGCUUUCCACUCAUUAAUUUAGGCCUACAUCUGACUGCUCCUCCCGACUUGAGUUUGCUGGUGAUCGGUGUGUGCAGGCCAGUUUGCGCCAUCUCUCUAGGUGGCCAACGAAGAACGUGUCCGAUCCGACAGGGUGUCUGUCCUUCGCAGGUGGUCGUGGGUCACUGUUUAUUCACAGGAGUCUGACAGUGUGUUAGAAGUGUCUACAGUGAAACUCAUGUCCACGUGUUUAAGAGCUUCCAGCCGGAAGAGCCAAUCUUUACAAUCGGUGCACUCACUCAGACAGCCCAACGCGAGUCAGUCAUCCAACCUGAUCAUGUGUACUUCCACUCUACCCAGGUAACAUUCUGUGGGCAGCUGAUGGACUUUCGUGAUGUUGAGCCAUUGUUUUGACGAAUCGACUGUUUCAUGCUGCGUCAUACCGUUGAACUAUUACGCGUCCGAGUCCUUAUUCGGGUCCUACGUCAACGCGAAAAAUAUAGGAAAUUGGAGCUAGGCGAAACGCCAUUAAAUUUUGGGGUCGCAUCUGACGAGUCAAACACCUGCCCAAAACGGCUUAAUUUGUUACGGCACUAUAACAGUUGCCCGUUUCUGUGGUUCCUGUAUAUGUGAAUUGAAAUGCCAUCACACCGAACACUUCUGUUUAGUCUUGCCCUCCUGUGGUGUCAGUUGCACUGCCAUCAUCCCCGCACCGCCACCUUAUCUAUGUCUUGGUACUUUGCAGUCCAUUGUGACCUCCAUUCUCCUAUCCCACUCACACCCCGGCAAAUCGAUCUAUUGAUUCCUUAAAGCAUACACUAAUGUGGCGUCUCCCGCGCCUCUGUCGACGAUAGACUUGUCCAUGUAAUCUAUUUAUCUAUCUUUUUCCCAUGCGCUUCGUUUCAUCUGACAGAAUUUACAGGCAGGAAAUUGACCAACCCACAAAUGAUCUGUCUGUGCCAGUUUACAUCAAAUGUUCCUUUACCCUGAGUUGGUUUUCUUUAGCUUUCUUGUUUUGUACAAUGGUCCCACAAAUGCCUUCUGCCUUCCAGAGUGGCUGAAGAAACAGAGCAGGUCAAGCGCAACACCGAGGGCGAAGUCACUCUUCUCCGGGCAGCUAUCAAGCGUUCAGAGUUGCAAAUCAAGAGCCUAGAAUCACAGUUGGAGCAGAAGGUAAUCAUCGGUGCAGUCCAUUUUUCCAUGUCCUUGCCCAAAACCCAGGCCUAAUCACUGUCCUGUAUUCUAGGCGUGCACAUGCUCCUUUUCAUGCCUCACACCCGCCAGAUACCCUACAAGGCGAGCCCGCCUCUCAGUGUUUGCUUUGUGAGCGCUCCUCUGAGUUGUCUGUGUCCUGGCACAACCUGCCCGCGAAACAACCCGCAUUGCCGUGCACGCCACUUAAGGUUGUGAGCCUGCAUAAGGGAAUCAUGCAUGCCUUUGUGUCUGCAAAAUCCAGAGCUAACCUUUUAUAGGGGGGUUUGAAUGCAACAGGAGGUAUUUGUAACCUCCCAAAUGUUUCUUCCGUGGUCGCACUUUAUUAGGCUCCGUCAGACAUUAGAGACAAAGUACAUUAGCUUACAGUAGGUGGGCUAAAUCAUGAAAUGUCAACCGAAAUUCCGAAAUGCGUUUUCGUUUCGAGAAGAUUAAUUAAUUAGGGUUGCAAAACUAAUCAUCAUGCAGCAUAAUUCUAUAAUAAUUUAGUUACCUAGGGAUGCCGGCUUUCGAACGAACGACUUUUCGGUUGCAUGCAAAAACUAUACUCUGUAAAAAUGACUACUUAAUUAGCAUGCACUUUUCUCAUUGAUUUCUGAUGCCAUUAAAAAUUCAAUUAUAUUUAAUGGAAAGCAUGCAUAAGAAUAUUCGUUCUUUUGCUCAUUCGGUAGAAAAUUACGUCUUCUUCCAAUUUUAUACCCGAAGCUAGGGCAUCAUUCGGUUUUCAAAAACUUUCCUAAUUCCCGAAUAAUUUUGAGCCCGAUCUGUCGUUACACUUUCAUUCAGGGUUUCCAAACUACAAGCCGUAUAUUUUUCGCAUAUGGAAAAUCACACAUUUCCCUACGGUAUUAAGAGAAGACCAUAUGGGGUUCAUAAAAUUUGGCAGUGCAUUUGAGCCAUAUUGUUGACUUUACAAACUACAUUGGUAAAUGCAGAGACGUGAAGUUUUAUGAACUGUCAUUUCACGGUAUUUAAAAAUCUCACAAUUGGAAACUCUUUUAAAACCGAAUUAUAUCCUUCUUGCAUGUAUAAAAUUGGAAGAAGACGCAAUUUCCUGCCGAAUGAGCAAAAGAAUGAAUAUUUCAUGCAUGUUUGCCAUGAAAUAUGAUUGAAUUUUUAAGGGCAUCGAAAUCCAAUAAGGAUGAUGAUUAGUUUUGCAACCCUUCUUAAUUAAUCUUUUCGAAACGAAAACGCAUUUCGGAAUUUCGGCUGGCAUUUCAUGAGUUAGCCCACCUGCCGUGCAUGCUCACUAAGCUGACAAACUAUAUCCACCGACGCCAUUACUUUACUCUUGAACUCGAAAUAAAUUGAAUACCCGAAGUGCUUCUGAAAGUGAACCGCAUUGAUGCAGUAGCCAUCCCCCAACACACGCCAAUUGGCUCUUUCCGAACAGCCUGUCUCUAAGGCAAAUAAGCAGUUUAUUGCGCCAGAUUUGCAUACAUUUGGGUUAUUUUCACUUAUUUCAACUUCAGACUCGCGAGAACAUGGAGUUGACCAAGAUCUGUGAUGAACUCAUCAGCAAAUACAGCGACAAGGCCUGA